AUGUCGACCACCAGUCGGGCGAAUUUCAGUGGACAAAUAGCGGUGAUUUGCAGAAGAUCACUGUCAACCACUUCAAAAACGUAUUUUGACGGCAUUAGCCUUUGGAUAGUGGAACCCACUUUCCACAGCAUCGCAGUGUACAGCAUUGCAAUUCCUAUAAUUUCGAUCCUAGGGAUAAUUGGAAACGCUUUGAUUCUGUGCGUUCUCUGCAAGGGAAAUUUCAAGGCGUCAGUGUUCACGUAUUUGACAGUUCUUGCAGCUGCCGAUCUCGUCACUUGCGUCAUGCUUCUGUUUUCCGGUCUAGCUAGAGGUGUUUUCUGGUGUGAAAAUGGCUGGCUGCAGUUCGACGUAUUCGUCUAUUUACCUGUGGUCUCCGCUUCGUCCAACCUCGCUGUUUGGGCUACCAUGUGUGUCGCUGUCGACAGACUGGCGAUUGUUUUUAGCUUACCAAAGUGCAAAACACCUAAGUUCUGUGACUAUGAAGUGGCACGAAGGUUGAUGAUUUUCUUUGGUUGUUUUGCUGUUUUAAUUACCGUGCCAUACUGCUUGAUUUUCACUUACAAUGAUCAAGGAGACCUGGUGACGACAAGAUUCUUUCAUUCGUGGCUAUAUAACCUCCAAAACUGGCUACAGUUCGUGAUGUUCGGUAUGAUACCGGCUGUUCUCUUGGUGGUGACGAACAUGAUCAUGUGCCAGUCCGUGAAGAAGACCUUGAGGAAGAAGCAGUUGGUGUUGCAGUACAAAAAUAUCCGCGAAGGAAAUCGUCUGAGAGAUCAAGCGAGAAUGACUGUAAUGCUGAUUGGUAUCGUGUUCGUGUUUGUCCUAGGCGAGGUGCCAACUCAUUUGGCAUCGCGACGUGGCGCACUGUCGCUUCUUUAUGGGGGAGACUUGACAAAGGUGUCGGAGUAUUACAUGGAAAGAUUCCGCAUGUAUGCAACUCUCAUGAACGCUAUAUCGAGUUCGACCAAUUUUGUGCUCUACUGUUUGCUGAACCAACGUUUUCUUUCACAUCUGAAGCAUCUUUUGACGGGUAAAGCCUGGCAGAGAAGCAGUACCAUCAAAUGCAGUGUUCCAUACGCAAUGUCCAAUCGAGUCCAGUGA